AUGUCAGCUCAUAGACUAUGGUUGUCAACAAGCCUCAGAGAUACUCGUUCCAUAAGCCAGCCGAGCCAUGACUCACUAAAGAUGGGACUUGGCGACCGGAAAGUUGGCCAGCGUGUAGGAGCAGAUCAUGGUAUCGUGCGCACCGCUUACGCGGCCGACAAUGACGAAGCACACUGGGCCGCCGUGUUGAGAAACCUGCAAGCCUACGCUACGCUGGACGAAGACGACGCCGAGAUGGACCCUGAUACUUUUGUGCUGCCCGUCAUAGCUGACAGCACCGCACUGCGCGGCGCCGACUACACCUCCGUGCGCAAGGCCUUCAACGAGUGGGUUGAUGAUUUCAUACGCCGCGAGAGGCCAUUGGACGAUGACGACGACUACGACGAAGAGUGGCCGUCCGACGUGCGCCGCGACGCCUGCAUCGUCAUUAACGAGCCUGCGCUGGCUUCCCUACUCAGAGCGCCAGACUUUGUCCCUGGCAAGAUUCCGGAUCUCGACCUGGAGCCGUGGGUUGUCAUUGUCGAUGCCAGGGACCCGGCGAGCGUGCCUUACGGCGGGGGCGGGCCGUACAUGAGCUUCAUGCAAUCGCACGCGCGCGUUCUUGGUCAGCUGUUUGAGGACCUCAGCUCGCGAUCUCUGGCCCAGGCUGAGUCCUAUUCAAAAGCACGACGGUCAGAUCCCGCUUUAUGA